UCAGAGGCAUCCCGGAACGCGGUUUACAAACGCCCCAAAACGUUGCCAGUCACUCCAUGCAAUUCCCAGCAAAUUGAUGACCCGGAAACUCCGCCCUUCAAUUUCCAAAUGCUGCGGAAAACCAACCUCCUGAAGCUGGUGAGCACUGAAGACGAAGACACCUUCUGCGCCCUGGACACGCCCCCAGUUGCCCCGCCCAGAUCCUCCCGCACCCCGUCACCCCGGACAAAGCCCGGGAAUAACCCGUCGCCUCGGGCUGCUGGCCCUCAUCAUCAUCAUCAUCAUCCACAUCAGCCAGACUCGGGUUCCCCAGAAGACCCGACCCGUCGGGACUCGGUCGCGUCUUCCGCUGCUGCCUCGGUCCAGCUGGGCAUCGAUUCCAGACGCAGUUCGGGUUCCAAUCGAACCCCGACCCCGACACUCGUGUACCAGCCGAGCAGUGUCAGCGACGGCGGCGACGAUGACGACGAGUUAUUGCCGACGGUAAUGGCUCUCACCCCGACGCGGAUCGUGUUUGAUGACGAUAACGAAGUUACUUUUUGAAGGAAAGGAAUAAUUGAAAAAAAUUGGGCAUGUUGUAUAUUUUCGCGACACCUGGUUCCAAUGCAAAUAUUCGAGGAAUUAUGACGAUGAUUUUAUUGACUGGGUGUCAAGUGUUUCUCCAAAAGUAAGACCCAUAUUAUCGAUCUCUGAAUCAGCACUAGUUGAGUAGUAAUAUACAGAUAAUCUCUACCUUUUUUGAUUCCUGGGUAGUUGAAGAAUGAGGAGCUUUUACAUAUAUGAUAGUUUCCUGGUGAUGAAACUUUGCCCAUGUGUUGGGAAGUGAAAUGUAUUUCUGUUCAACUCACUUCAAACCCUCUGGAAUAAGCCAGGUUACUGAAUAAUGCAUAUUACUUAUUUUCCAAGAAGUAGUUAAUUCUUAUUUAUUUUCCAAGUUGAAGAUAUUUUAGAAAUGUCUUACCCAGCAACAGUCAACAGUCACCUGAAGAUUGCUAAAAUCACAUCAAGUGUGUAUAAUGCCUUCAAAGAUAUUGCAUUUUAAAACCAAAAUAUAUUUUUACUGCUUGAUCCACAACAAAUUAUCCAAUAUCAUUUUUGAAGGUCAUGUAUUUGUUGCUUCUAUGAAAUAUUGAUUGAUUGUUGAAAAAAAAAUCAUUUUCCACUUUUUUGCAUUCACAAGGUUCAAACAAUGUUCACGAAUCCUAAACCCCCUCCCCACCUUCAUCCCAAAGAUUAAAAAGAAACAUAGUCCAGUUGCUUAAAAAAUUGGGAAAGAAAGUUAUUGAUGGAAAUUGCACCAAACAUUUUAGAAAACAGUAGCAUUGCUUUAAAGUUUGGAGCAUUCAAGAUCUUUCAGGUCAUUAAAGUUGAGUUUUUAUUAAAUUCCUAGUUCAAUUUGGGUUCAAUUCUGGUUAUCAAACUUUACCCAUGCGUUGGGAAGUGGAGUUUAUUUGAGACCAAGUCUUACUUUGGGAGAAACAUGGUAUUCACCUUUCACUUGCCAAUGAAGUAGUUCCAUAUUGUGUUACCUUUAUUGAUGAAGGAGAGUAUGAGUCCUC